CGGUAUUGGUUCGUCAUCGACGUGAAUACCCAGUUGCAGUCGGACCUCCUUCGUCCAAGUGGGGAAAAGUGUUGCUGAAGAUUUUAUAGCGUAGAGGGUCAGGCUCCCAGACGCUUAUUGAACGAGGAAUCGACAUUCACAAUACUAUGGAAAAGUGAUUAUCUACUAGUCGUUUAUUGCAGUCGACAUUCAAAAUUUCCAUGAAAGUAACGAAGAUUAGUAAGAUGAAUAUAAAUAAGAAGUAUAUGCGGAAGUAUUGAUUCAUGUACAUACCUAUGCAAAGUUGUCUCCAGCAUGGGGAACGUCACUACACAUUGUGCUUUUACUUUGGUAACUAUUCAUGUAUGUAUGUACAUAUUUAUGUAUGUAUGUAUGAAGGUAUGUAUGUAUUAUUUAGUACACGCAUGCACUCACAAGGCCAAUAAAAUUUCACUGGUUAGAAUUUCUACGUUUAUUUGGAGAUGACCUUCGCAAAUAUAUUUGCUAUUUGUAUAUUUUUUCACUGAAUGCCAAAUUUAUUUAAACAGUUGUUUUAAAACGGCGCUAAACUAUUCGCGCUAUCAAAUGGCGCAUAACUAUAUAAAUCCGCAAUUAUUUCGAAAUCAACAUUCACAACCACUCUAACUUUCAAUUGAACUAAUCUACAUUUUUCGACGAUAUAGUCAAAAUGAAAUUUCUCAAAGUUUUUCUACCAUUGCUCCUUAUUGCAAUUUUCUCAUUGAAGAUUUGCAAGGCUCAAACUUCAAAUAGUACUAGCACAACGAAUAGCACUACGCCAACGGGGACAGGUUCUGCUAAAAAAGUCUACAUUAGUAAUCUUCGCUAUACAGCAGUAAAACGGAUAAGGAACAAUAAUUUAGGAAGCAGUAGCAGCAGUAGCAACAGUAACAGCAAUAACUGGAACAGGAACAGGAACAGGAACAGGAGAGCUAACAGAAAUAGGAAUGGAGGACGUAGCAGGAAUGCAAACAGAGGACGUAGAUCCAAUCGCGGUGCCGGAAGCGCCAAUGGCAGAAGACGCGGUGGCAAUAGAAGGCGUAAUUCUGUUAUCAGACUUAACUAAAAUUUUGGAAAAAUGUAUUGCUUUUUGAAAAUUAUUAUCUACGAUAUAAGGAUGUUGCAAUGUUAAUCUUAAUGAAUAAAUACAUACGUACUAUGUACAUAGUAAACAUGCAUUCAUUUUUUUAAUUUGUUAUGAUGUACCAUAUAAAA